UACUAUUAGUUUGGUUCGAACCGUCUGCGCGAUCGGAUUAAAUCGAAAAUACUCGCGCCGCACUAGCGGCUACCGCGAAGUUCCGAACACAUUCCUCAGAACAGAACAGACGGACAAAAGUAUCAAUACAUAAAAAAAUGUUCGCACCCCAGUCCCAGUCUUAGUGCUAUUAUUUGGUGAAUUGUGUAUGAUAGUUUGCUGAUCAUCAGUACAGCAUCAUUGUCAGCUCACGCGGUGGGCCCCGGUCUGCCCCGCGCACACCCAUGGUCAGUGGCUGAGGACUGCAAAAGCCCGGCUAUUGUCCAGUAGUGCACAGCAGCGCGGUCGAACCGUGGAUUACUCAACAAAUAAUAGUGCAGUAAUAAUUGAAUGAUCUUCAACCGCCAGAACGUCGCCGAAAAAGCGACAGUGCAAUAGCGGAAGUAGAACAGUAAACGCAAUAUCGAUGUUGUCGCCUGAUGGCGAUUGAUCACCGUUGGAUUAACCGUUUGCGAAAUCGACCUGGGAAAACGUCUGUCUGCCGACAAAGUGAUCGCGUAUGAUUGCCGCUCAGUGUUUACAAACUAGUUUAUAAACGUAACCUGGACUAAGUGACGUCCCCGUGUCCCGGUUUUGAUCAAAUGUAUUUUCGAGUAAAGAUGUGACAGAACAACUACAACAACGAACGGUUCGUGCAAGAAGAAUCCUCCGAGUGUCUGUUAGUUUUGCUUAAUUGUUGUUUGUCGACAUUCUUGAUUUUUUUAUGUUCGUUUGCUCUUGUGUUUAAUUAAGAGUUAUCGUUCUAUAUUUGGAAGGCACACAAAAACGCAUAAGGAAUAUAUGACCGAUAGUACGUUCGAAUCCAGACAAGAGAGAAGCCUCCCGAGGACGAGGUUUUGCAAAACAUGCAAUAUAAUGCAGUGGCGUCUUCCGAUGAUAUUGUUUAACCGAUUCAAACAGUGUGUUCGUGAUAAAUUCAUCGACCGUUGAUUGUCGUGCCUUUCUUCGUCGAAAAGGACAGGCGAACAAGUAAAGUUUUGUUACUAGUUGAUUAGAACCAACGGGCGCCCAGUAUUAUUGUGAAGUGUCCGGAGUGUCAACAAACCUACGCGUGGAAUCAACCAUUGAAGAUUUCUGAAAACCGAUUCGGGGCAAAGGACGUCAGCACCAUGACGAACGACAGUAACAGCAAGCCCGGAAAAAUGGACUCACGCAUCGGACUGGAGUAUAUCGUCGAGAAUAACGACUACGUGAACAAGCUAGGUCUCGCCCUGGACACGAGCAAUGCGACGGUGAAGAAACAAGUGUUCGAACUACUGUCGGCGCUGUGCGCCUACAGUUCGAGCGGAUACAAGCGAGCGAUCGAAACACUGGAGCACUACAAGAACAUCAAAGGCGAACGCUAUCGACUUAAUAUAGUCGUCGUGGAGUUGGACAAAACCACUCUGGUCGAAUAUCAGAUUGCAUUACUAGCGUUCAUAAAUUGUGUCAUAAUAUCGGCAGCCACACUGCAGGAUAGAAUACGAGUGCGAAAUGAAUUUAUAGGUUUAAAUUUACUGCCAGUAUUAAACAAUCUCAGGCGUAAUGUCAGUAACGUGCCGGACAUCGGAGUGCAAAUCGACGUGUUUGAUGAGCAGCGAGAAUGCGACGAGUCACAAAGCUUACAGGGGCCCGAUGGAAUAAAUUUAAAUUCUCAUCUUGAUGUCUUCUACGCAAUAUUACGACAGGUUGCCGGCACCCCGCAGGAGAUACCCUUUCUCAGCAUAUUGCAGCACCUGCUACAAAUCGAUCCGAAGGAGCCGAUCAGCGAUAUCAUCUGGGACACCGCCGAAACGCUGGUACACCGUGCCACUCUGCUUGAAAACAAGGAAGCUUCCGUACGCCUUUUGCGUGCACCGAGCAUACAGAAAUUCGCUUGCCCCCACUGUCGGAGCGAUAUCACUAGUCCAACCCGAAGGCAAUCGGUGGGCCCCCUCACCCCGGGACCAAACACAAUUAGUUCAAUACAUUCACCACCAUCGUCCUUUGCGGCAGCACCAGCGCCGCCUCCACCUCCACCACCUCCUAACUUAGCGCCACCUCCUCCACCACCCCCUCCACCUUGUGCACCGCCUCCUCCGCCACCACCGAUGGCCGGUGGUUCUGCAGCACGCGGAGGACCCCCGAUACCACCAGCGCCACCUGCACCCCCCGUACCUAAUCUGCUGUCUGUGAAGGCCCAUGAACUCAACCGACCGAAAACUCCGGAGACACAGAUUGAAGUUAUCAAGCCACUGCCUCAACAGGAAACACCAAUCCCAAGAUCCAAAAUGAAAACCAUCAACUGGAAUAAGAUUCCACCGCAGAAGGUUUUCGGCAAGCCAAAUAUCUGGUCCAUCGUUGCCGACUCUCAUCAGGAUAGUCCAAUGACCGAUCUUAACUGGGACGAAAUGGAAGGUUUGUUUUGCCUUCAGCAAACCCAAGGUUCACCGAAGCUUGGUCGCGAGAGUGGCGCUGGAGGAACUGAUACUCUGGAACGAAAGUCACGAAAGGAAAAUGAAAUUAUCCUACUGGAUGGGAAACGCAGUUUGAAUGUCAAUAUCUUCCUCAAGCAAUUCCGAUCUUCCAAUGAAGAUAUCAUCACCCUAAUCCGCAAUGGUGAACACGAGGACAUCGGUGCGGAGAAACUACGUGGCCUAUUGAAAAUUCUACCCGAAGUCGAUGAACUGGAGAUGCUCAAAUCAUUCGAUGGAGACAAUAAUAGACUAGGAAAUGCGGAGAAGUUUUUACUACAACUGAUACAAGUGCCUAAUUACAAGCUUCGAAUCGAAAGCAUGUUACUAAAGGAGGAGUUUAAAGCAAACCUGAUUUAUCUGGAACCAAAUAUAAAUGCAAUGCUUUAUGCGGGUGAAGAUCUGAUGAACAACAAAGCACUACAGGAAGUUCUGUACAUGGUUGUGGUAGCCGGUAACUUCCUGAACUCCGGUGGGUACGCGGGAAAUGCUGCCGGCGUAAAACUAUCUUCGCUUCAGAAAUUGACGGACAUUCGGGCGAACAAACCGGGAAUGAAUCUGAUACAUUUCGUAGCGCUGCAGGCAGAGAAAAAGAAUAUCGAACUACUGGAGUUUCCCAGCCAAAUGUCGACAUUGGAAAAUGCAACAAAAACCACUGUGGAGCAAAUUAACAACGAAAUCAAUGCCAUAGACAACCGUAUCAAAAAGAUAAAACGACAGAUUGAACUGCCAAAGACCGAGGAGGAGAUCAAAUAUCAAAUGGGAGAAUUUAUCACUGCGGCCGAAAGGGAUAUCCAAAUGAUGCAGCGUGCUUUAAAGGAACUGGAAGCCAUGCGUUUACUGCUAGCGGACUUUUUCUGUGAAGACAUUGCAACAUUUAAAAUGGAAGAAUGCUUCAAAAUAUUUCACAACUUCUGCGAAAAGUUCCAACAAGCUGUCAAGGACAACGAGAAACGGCGGGUUCAGGAGGAACAAGCUUUACAGCGUCGGAAACAGCGUGAGGAGCAACUGGCUCUAAAACGGCGACAAUCGAACCAACCGGGAACUCCUGUAUCCGAUUCCGAAAAUAGUCUGCUCCUUGAUCCAGCGCAGUAUGACAUGCGCUACAGUCCAGCGAUGUCUCGAAGACGGAUAGGAUCGUUUGCUAGCAAUGGGGAACCGGUGCUGUUACGUGAAGACUGUGCAUCACCGGACAUCACUCCAAACGGAAGUUUACGCAGACGUCGUAGUCGAGUGCUCUCGGAAGAGGACGAAGGUAAUCUCAUGGACUUUCUUCGUUCGUCCGGUCACGAAAGUGGCAGUCGGGAAAGGAAAUCUGUGUCGUACGGUGGAAGUCUCGAUCGAUCCUGGGCUCGUCGAGCUCGUUCCGGUAGUGGCAGUAAAAAGCGUCCGGAUCUGCUUAAUGUGGAUUUCGGCAAUGACAGAGAACGCCCGAGUUCGCCUUCACCACUAGUCGAGUCUAAACCAAUGCCAGUGGAAGAAAACAAACCGAGAAUUUCCAGGGAAUGGCGUCAGAAAAUCGAAUCGUGGUUGCAGGCGAACGAAGCGGACGAGAAACAGAACGAAGAUUAUAAGAAGAAACGGAAACUGCUGGCAGUAAACCGUCGAUCGUACGAGACUGAUAAUGAGAGCGAUCGGGGCAGCAAACUGGAUCCUUUGCCGGAAGAAAAGCAACCUUCCGUGACUUCACCCGAACGACCUCUCGAUCAGUUACCAACCAGCUACAAACGCGUCUAUCCCGAUUGGAGGCCAUCCAGCACGUUAGAAAAAACCGACGUUGUAGGAACCAUGGAAGCCAUAGCUGGAGCAAUUCCGUCAGCGCAGGAUAAAUCGGCUCUUCGGAAAUCUAGCCUAAACAGUCAGGAAGAUCUGGACAAUCGACGAUAUCGGAGGCAACGGUCACGCGAAAGCGCUCCACCGAGCUCAAGUCUUCAGUCCAUACUUGAGGAAGAUAAACGUAAAUCUGUCAUCCAAUCUCUAGGUGAACGGCCACCAUCCGAUCGGUUACAAAUUUAUAUCCGUCGAGGUUCGGACAAUACCUCACAGCCGGAAAGCACUGUAACAUCACCAAAACAAGCCACAAGCACAAACGAAAGCAACAAACAAUCCAUCUACAUUCGUCAACCGCUCGGAAACGACUAUUCCAAGUCGAAAUCCAUUCCAAACACUGAAAAGCAAUCGAUUUACAUCCGACCGAAUGACAACACUCCGUCCACAAUCUCCUCAAUCAAUUCGUCCUGCACCAGCACUAGCGAUAAUCAACUACCGGAGGCGAUAUCAACGGUAGCACCGCCGCCACGAAGAACGCGUCGAACGCACCAAAUAUACGACGAGAAAACUAACAACAAAAUCGAAAUUGAUUCGGACAAUAUCGAAACGCCGCCAUCAAUUCGAAAGAGUUUUAAUCGCGAUCAUCAAACCCCCCUCAACAGCAGUUCAUGUCGGAAGAUCCACCCAUCAUGUGAUCAAACCAAUGAAUCUGAAUCAAAAGGUCUGGUGGAGUCCGAAACUCUGGGUGAUGGACAGUUCGAUCGGUUUUCGUCGACACGUCGAACACGACGGUUCAAGCGACCUGUUGAUCUUAGCAGUGGCAACGAAACUACCUCACCGGAGUCUCUACCGGAUAGCCAGCUGGCACUAGAAACGGUACGAAGUCCGUUGGUGGCAGCAGUUGCAGAGAUUGAAUCAACUGAGAAGCAGAAAGAACUGCGACUGAAACGGUGGCAGGAUAAACUGAACACAUCCAGCGGAGUUGACGAACGAGGUAAGAAUUCGGAAACAACAGCUAGAUCAACACGAACCGGCCGUAAUAUGAGUAGGAUAAGUCAAGAUGAUGUCCGGCAGGCUAUCCGGAGUCUUAAGUCCCCUACACCGGAAAGAAACUGGAGUCCAUCUAAAGAAAUACUUCGGGAUGCCCCUAGCACUGUGAAGGUCGCUAGUCAUGAGUUGAACGACGAAGGUUUCGAAGAAACCCAGAGUCUAGUUUCCGAUACUCCGUCGCAUGGCAAAGAGAGUACGUCUUCCUGUAACGAGUACGGGUCUGACUUUAAGAACAAAAAAAAUGUAAGACCCUCCGUAAGUGGAAUGGAUGGUAGUCCGAAGAAAACUUCCAGUAGGAUUAAUCCAAAUCUUCCCAGUAUAUUGAUAAACAAGAAUCAAUCUGCGUUGGAGCGAAGCAAAUCUCUGAGGGGAACUCCGCCAUCUCUAGUCAAUAAGAAUAUGUUACCACGUCGAACGAAUUCGAUGCGGAAAUCCGACUCUCCGUUGAUUGGUGCUAAUGUUGCCAAACAUCACUUGGAUGUGGAGCGAAGCAAUUCACGAACGAGCCUCAGAUCGUCACGCUCUUCGCUGAGUAGUGCAGUGUCGACGAAAACAGUCAAAAAGGUGCCAUUACGUCCCAAGUCAUCACCCCUCACAACAGCCAGUGGUCCGAGUACCAUCCCCAUGUCACUUUCUGCAAAUAGUUCCCCCAUCAAGAGGCCCCUAAGUGCUGGCAGCUCAAGGGUACCUCUCUCGGGAACACCGGCAAGCCGAAGUAGCUCCAGUGGAUCCAGUAUAGGACCGAACUCUGCCACGAUAACAGCUGUCAGGAAACCUCCACUGAAAUCACUCGGUUCCAGUGCCCUGGGGCCUAGUACUAGCUUUAAAGAAAACCAAAAUCAAAAUACAGUUCGUAGUAAGCUGCAGAUAAAAACAGCAAGUAAUUCCAGUAUAGCCAAUUCUGGAGGCGGCAGUUCGUCUGGUUCCAACGCUACGACACGGGUUAGUGUUGCCCGGAGUAUCGCGAAUGCUUCGUCUCGCACCGGAGGUUUCAUGCGUCCAACUACUUCCAGUGCUACCAAAGUCAAAGGUAAAUAAAUCAUCCUGCGUUUGUUCACUGCUGGAGUUACGAAUCGUCGUCGUCAACUGAACACGCUACAACACGCUGCUGAUAUAUUCUUGAAUAAAAAAAAAACACGCUGCUGAAAUAAUUGCAUAAGAAAAAAGAACUUCUUUUUAUGUUCAAUUUUUGAGAGAUCGUAACGCGCACUUCAUAUAACGAAAAACUACUCUUCGGUUAUUGUAGGUCGUAUUUCCGCAAUUUUUCUGCAAUGGAUCGGAAAUUGUUGCACUACGACGAAUCACAGCUUCGAUCAUGCAGUUGAUCUUUUGUAAUCUUUGUUUGAAAAUGCCCCUUUCACAAUUUUGAGCAAAUCAAAACAAAAAAAAACAUAAUGAAUAGAUAUCUCCGUCCAUUUAAGUCCUCUUAGAAUUCAAUUAAAUCAUACUCAAAUUUGGUCUGAUCAAAAUAUUGCUAACGAACUUAGUAAUACUACUAUUGACUAUGGUUUGCGCUUUAAGAAACAAGAUAUUCUUUGAAUGGUGAAUACGAUGUGCUAGCAAAUGCCAAAUAGAAAUCUGUUAAUAUUUUGCAUAUUGAUAGCCCUGAGAGGAAACAAAAUUAUAUUUAAAAAAAAUCGCAAGUCUGUUGUUCAAUCGAAAUAACUAUACCUUAGCUUUUGUAAGAAGGAACGAUGCGAAAUAAAUCUUGACUAAUAAGUAAAUAUGUAUGCUAUUGUAAUUAGGUGCGAAUAUUAACCGUUGUUUAUUUACAAAACUUCUGCUUUCAUAAACCACUCGCCGUUUUUCGCAGCGAUUCGGGUGCAGAUGCAAGUAUUAUGUAAACGAGACGAACAAAUUAAUACACUUGUGGAUAUGAGUGACUAAUGUGCAUCGAUUGUAAUCUGCAACAACAAAAAAAGAUGCAAUUGCUUCUUACCACAAAUCUCUCUCUCUCUAUUAGGCUUUGUUCGACGUUUUUUCAAUCGAAAAUUUUCCUCGUUUGACAAAAAAAAAAACAUUCGUAAGAAGAUGAAUUAUACGGCAGUAGUUGUUAAAUUGUUGAAAAAACCCGAAGCAAUUUAUUAAGAAGUUCAUAUAACAAUACUACCAACUAUGUAGGAUGGAAUGAAUCGUAUGUCGUUGAUAGCUGUUAGGAACGGAUAAAUUUCACUUUGCCUCUAAGCCAGAUAGAUUCGACUAUAAGGGCUAAAUUUUCUAAAUCUAUAAAAAAAAUCGCGUAAGUUUUGCCCCUGAAUAAUACAACAAACUUAAAGUAAAAACAAAACUCAUUCCCUCUAAUUAACGGCUCGAAAAAAUAUUUUUCGUAUAACUAUUUUGUAUCAUCUGGUUUCGGAUCAAAAUUUUGGGUAUAAACUAUACAUAUUUUUCAGAUAAAUUGAAUCGGACAAAAUUCAAUCAGAUUUUAGAAGCUAACGCAAGUGAAAAAUCAUGCGAUUGUAAGUUAUUGGAUACUAAUCGUACUAACCAUACACACUUAGUUUCGAGCGUGCAUAAAAUAGAGUAAUGCUGAAAGCAAACAAACGACGCACGUGGUCCGAACUCAACUGUUACUGGAACAGCAAUAGGCAACAAUGUUUCAAGAGAUUGUGUACAUUUUAAAGACGAAAUAAAUUUUUUACGACA